AUGCCACUCCUUACGGGACCAGAACGUGAACAGAUGCUUCCUCCUUUACUAAACAUCCACCAUUGGGAGUUGUGCCAACAUGGUUCUAGAGAGGCCAUACGACGCUCUUUUAUGUUUAAAAACUUUGAUGUAGCAUUCGACUUCAUGAAAAAAAUAGCAGACAAAUCCAAAAUUAUGAAUCACCACCCUGAAUGGUUCAAUGUGUAUAAUAAGGUGGACAUACUACUCACUUCACAUGAUGCAGGAGGUCUUUCACGACGAGAUAUUGAUCUUGCCAAUUUCAUCAAUGAUGCAGCGUUUGAAUACCAAGCAAAAUAA